ACGCAACGAGUGUUCUAGGAGCCGAUUUCCUGGCAGGAGAGAGUAGUUAAUUCUGCGCGCAAGCUCGGGCCGGGGAAGUUGGAACUGGGUGGACCCUACAGGCCCCCAAAGUCAAACUCUGAGGGGGCUGGCCCAGACUCUGCGCACGCGCAUUUCCCGGACCUUCCCGCCCCUGCUUCCGUUCCUGUGGCGACAUUGGAUCCCUCGCGCGAGCACUCUGUCAAGUUCCCUAUGGGAAGUAGGGCCUGGCAGUUGAGCUGCCUGGGCGAUGAGGUCAUUUCUGGAGGUGAAGCUGUGCGGCCCCGCCUCUCGAAGUUCCUUCGCCAAUGAGACAAGAGCUAGAACCCGGCUGUCUACGUUUCAGUCUUAACGGUCGUGCUGCGGCCCUAGCCGGAGCGCACGCGCACACUGAUACGCGCGUACUCACGCGAGCCCAGGCCCGUGGUUGGAGACUGCAUACGCACGGGAUAGGGGCACCGGGCGGGCGCUGCUAUGGGCGAGGCGGAGACGCCUUCUUUCGAGAUGACCUGGAGCAGCACAACAAGCAGUGGCUACUGUAGCCAAGAGGACUCAGACUCCGAACUCGAGCAGUACUUCACCGCGCGUACCUCGCUGGCGCGCAGGCCGCGCCGGGACCAGGAUGAACCUGUAGAGUGGGAGAUACCUGACCUUUCCCAGGCUGAGACUGAGCAAAAGAUCAAGGAGUACAAUGGCCAAAUCAACAGCAACCUCUUCAUGAGCCUGAACAAGGAUGGCUCCUACACAGGCUUCAUCAAGGUUCAGCUAAAGCUAGUACGCCCUGUCUCAGUGCCCUCCAAUAAGAAGCCACCCUCCUUGCAGGAUCCUCGGCGGGGCCCAGGGCGGGGCACAACUGUGAAGCGCCGUACCUCCUUUUAUCUGCCCAAGGAUGCUGUCAAGCACCUGCACGUGCUGUCACGAACACGGGCGCGUGAGGUCAUCGAGGCUCUGCUUCGAAAGUUCAUGGUGGUAGAUGACCCCCGCAAGUUUGCCCUCUUUGAGCGGGCUGAGCGUCAGGGCCAAGUGUACUUGCGUAAGCUGUCAGAUGAUGAGCAGCCCCUGCGGCUACGGCUCCUUGCAGGACCCAGUGAGAAGGCCCUGAGCUUUGUCCUGAAGGAAAAUGACUCUGGGGAGGUAAAUUGGGACGCCUUCAGCAUGCCUGAACUGCACAACUUCCUGCGUAUCCUGCAACGGGAGGAGGAGGAGCACCUCCGCCAGAUCCUGCAGAAGUACUCCUAUUGCCGCCAGAAGAUCCAAGAGGCUCUGCAUGCAUGUCCCUUGGGGUGACCUCUUGUACUGCUAGGUGGAAGGAGGAGAGUAGGCAUCGCCAAAAACGUGCCGUGUGAGUGUGACAGGGGCUAUGGGGCCUAAGGAAUGAGUGUGCGUGGAGGCCCUCUGCUGGGGGAACAACCCCAGAGAACAGCAAAGGGGCUGGCCCUCUCUUCCCACCAAUGGGUGUAGCAGGACAUGGCUCUGCACCUUUCUGCCCUUCAUGUACUGGAUCAUGGUGGGUCAGAGCUGCCCUGGGAAGCUGCUCCAGGCCUGCAGUAGGGGUGGAGAGACAGAAGUUUCUUUACAUUGUGUCUCAGAUAUGAGAAUCUUGGUGACCCUACACACGAAACAUUUUAUGUUUGCAGGAGUGAGGGCCCUCAUCUAUGGUGAAAAGUAUAUUUUCUGGGGUGGGUUCUCAGGGUAGCCCUAUCAGAGCCAAGGAUGGAUGCUCAGAAUAAGGCAGGCAUUGAGGAAGAGUCUUGUUUCCCUUUACAGUCCCCUCUGACUCCUCAUAUAUCUUGAGAUCAGUCAGUGCUGGCUCACAGUGCAGCAACAGUGCCUGCCUAAAGGCCUCCUGCAAGGAGGAUGUCCCUGGGCCAGGGUCUGUGUGAAUGUGGGCAGUGGUCCAUCCAGGUCAGUCAAAGUCCGGGUCUCUUCUGUGGAUAUUUUUUCAUGAGGUGUGCGAAUGUGUGUAAUGUUUUGUGGCCUCAGUUGAAUGCCUUUGUGGGGGAAAAGGGUUGGGGUGCAGUCAUCAGGGCCUGGGGCUUGAGAAAGUUGGCUGAAUAAAGAUUUAAGAAUCCUG